AUGUUCCUCAACACUCGCUCCCUCUUUGUGUGGUGCCUUGCUGCUUUGCUGGAAGCAGAGGCUGCUUCAGUCUCCUCCAAGCCAAAGUCAAUUGUCCUUUCGGAGUCAGCACCCAGCAAUGCUGGCAUUCCCUUGGACUCGUUUGUGUCAUACUCCUUUGAGCUUUCUUCUUGGCCCGACUUUGCUGGUAAGAUUAACCUAGAUAUUGCCAUCUUCGAUGCAUCCCAGAAGACUGGUCUUCUCGGUAUAGUUCGUCCAAACAUCUCCAGCGAUUAUCCGACCAUCAUCACAAUCGGCCCUUCCUUCUUUGAGUCCUACAAGACCAUGCCCAAAGGAACAAAAUACAGCCAUGGCUUCAACUUGGGCGCGAAUUCCUCCGCCGCUAGAACAGCUACUUUCGCUUCUGCCGCCUAUGCCUGCAAAGCAAUCGGCAGUGACUUGGCUUACUGGGAAUACGGCAACGAACCUGACCCUUUCGUCUCCUCCGGCUACCGCCCGCACAACUACACCGAAGCCGCGUACGUGGAAGAAUGGCUCAAUGGCACCACGGCAAUAUCCUCCGCCGUCAAAGCAGCAUGCCCUUCCCUCGCCAACACAAAAUUCAUGGCCCCUAGUUUCGCAGGCGUGGGUCCCGCAAAUGACUUCUUCACCUUGGAUCCGGUAUUAGCUUGGAAGAACGGAUUGGACCAAAACGACAAUAUCGGCUUGAUCUCUUCGCAUAAUUAUAUGGGUGUUUCUACCAGUCCGGGGAUUACUUUGCAGGGGACCUUGAUGAAUCACACCAAUGUUGUUGCUAAAGCUGGAGACCAACUCAGGGAGUGGGCGGCUAUCAAGGCUCUGGGCAAUGGUUUGGAUCCUGAUGUGCCGUUUAUCCUUGGUGAACACAAUUCGCUGGCGAGACAGGGACGUCCCGGACUUUCCAACAGUUUUGGCGCUGCGUUGUGGGGUGUUGAUUGGAAUGUCUAUCUUGCAUCUCAGAACAUCAGUCGUUCGCAUAUGCAUCAAGGAACCAAUUAUCGCUAUCAAUCCUGGCAACCCAUCCAAACAAACCUCACCACCAUCGGCACAAAACCACCUUACUACGGCAACCUUGCCGUCGCAGCUAUGAUGGCAAAACCUCACCCUUCCUCCCUGCUGAAAAUAACCCACCUCCCUGCUUCUUCGGCGAACAAUUCUUUCUACACCGCCCACAUCGACAAAACACUCACUCGUCUCCUCAUCGUCGACCUACACACCUACAACACCACCGCAAACAAUUACACCACUUCCUUCCCUCGUCCCGUGGAAAGCCAUACUUUCCAACUACCUGCUUGUUGUAGAGGUGGUGCGGUGCAUAGAUUGGUCGCUAAUGGGAGUGAUGCUGUUACGGGAAUCACUUGGGAUGGAAAUAGUUAUAAUUAUGAAUUGGCGGAGGGGAAACCUGUUAGGCAGGGGAAUGUUACUUGUGGGGAGAGGGUUAAGAUCGAUAGGAAAGGGGUUGUGAGAUUGGAUGUCGAGUGGAGUAGUGCUGUUGUUGUUACGUUGGAUUGUUGAUGAGGAGGGCGAAUAGAAAGGAAAGCAGAGGUCGAGGAAAGUGGAUUAGGGAUGAGUAAAUUUUUGCAAAUCUCCUUUUGAUUGAAAGAUG